GGCCGCGCCUCGGGCGGGGCUGUAGCGGGAGGAGGCGACUUCGGCUGCAGAAUCAGCAGCCUCAGCAACAGCAGCAGCAGCAGCAGCGGUGGUGACUGUAGCGGGCGCUAGGCUCAGCGCUGGCGGAAAAGAGGGAGUAGGGACAGGAGGAUCCUGGGGCUCACUGGCCAACCGUUCUGACAAGAUCAGUGAAUUCCGGGCUCAGUGAGAAAUUCCGUCUCAAAAAAUAAACCAGAGAGGGAUCGAGGAAGACACCUCCCUUCAACUGCUGGCCAUCACAUGCACGUGCCCAGGCAUGCAAAUAAAUACGUCCCUCUCCCAGCACCAUGUCCCAGCGGUACACAAGGCUGAAGUGAAGGGCCAGGUGUGGCCCUGCCCAGGGCAGCAUGACCAAGCCGCGGCUCUUCCGGCUGUGGCUGGCACUAGGGUCGGCCCUCAUGAUUCUUUUGAUCAUUGUAUAUUGGGACAACGUGGGCACUGCCCACUUCUAUCUGCAUACGUCCCUGUCCAGGCCACACAUCCUAGAACCCCUUCCCACCCAGGGGCUGGCAGAGGAGAACGUGUUGGCUUCCGAUGUGGACGAGUUUUUGGACACGCUCCUUAGUUCUGACGCGAAACACAACGACCUUUCCAGGAGAAAAACUGAGCAGCCCCCGGUGCUCACCCCCAGCAAGCCAGUCUUGAGCCACAUGGAGGAGAACGUGAGAGGCUACGACUGGUCCACCCAUGAUGCCCAGCAGAACCCAGACCGGGACAGGCAGCAGGCCGAGAGGAGGAGCCUGCUGAGGGAUUUCUGUGCCAACGCCAGCCUGGCAUUCCCCACCAAGGACCGCUCUUUUGACGACAUCCCCAACUACGAACUGAACCACCUGAUUGUGGACGACCGCCACGGGGUCAUCUACUGCUACGUGCCCAAGGUGGCCUGCACCAACUGGAAGCGAGUGAUGAUCGUGCUGAGCGAGAGCCUGCUGGACCGGGGCAGCCCCUACCGAGACCCCCUGGACAUCCCCCGGGAGCACGUGCACAACACCAGCACGCACCUGACCUUCAACAAGUUCUGGCGCCGCUACGGGAAGUUCUCCCGUCACCUCAUGAAGGUCAAGCUGAAGAAGUACACCAAGUUCCUGUUCGUGCGCGACCCCUUCGUGCGCCUCAUCUCAGCCUUCCGCAGCAAGUUCGAGCUGGAAAACGAGGAGUUUUACCGCAAGUUCGCGGUGCCCAUGCUCCGGCUGUACGCCAACCACACCAGCCUGCCCGCCUCGGUGAGCGAGGCUUUCAGCGCAGGCCUCAAGGUCUCCUUCGCCAACUUCAUCCAGUACCUCCUGGACCCACACACGGAGAAGCUGGCGCCCUUCAACGAGCACUGGCGACAGGUGUACCGCCUCUGCCACCCGUGCCAGAUAGACUACGACUUCGUGGGGAAGCUGGAGACCCUGGAUGAGGAUGCUGCCCAGCUCCUGAGGUCCCUCAAGGUAGACUCCCAACUCCACUUCCCUCCCAGUUACCGGAACAGGACCGCCAGCAGCUGGGAGGAAGACUGGUUUGCCAACAUCCCCCUGGCCUGGAGGCAACAGCUCUAUAAACUCUACGAGGCCGACUUUGUUCUCUUUGGCUACCCCAAGCCAGAAAACCUGCUCAGGGACUGAGCUCCCAUAAGCCCUCACGCUGCCACAAGAAACUGAGAUGGUCCUUUGAGAAUGGGACCCCGUGGCCUCCUGGUUCUCUCCUGGCUUCCUGUACCUUCCCUGGUGUAGACAGGCAGAGGAUGACACAACCCAAGCACCUCACUCUCCAGAGUUUCGCGCCCCACCCCCACCCCCACCCUUUUGCAAUCUGGGUUUGUUUACUCCACAGCCUGUACUCAUGGGACACUGUGUUAAUACUGUUUUCUACGAUUAAUAUAUUUCAGAUAUAUUUAAUAAGAAAGUGGGAGGAAGCUGGAGUAAAGUGUGGAGCCCGCA